AUGGUGCUCAUAGCGGCUCUUCUGAGACGGAGAGAAGGAGAGUGGGAGAACUUUAACCACUGCACCAGAGUAGGACCUGGUGAGCAGUGGUAGCUCCUGUGUGGGUCGAUAAAUAUGAGCGGGGCUCCUAGCAAGCGAGCGGCGCUGGAGUAAUUGAGUCUGGUGUGUGUGUGUGGGUGGUGCCAGGGCAGCAGAAAAGGGUCAUAACUCAAUGAGAUAGGUGAGAUUUACAGCGUGUGAUCAACAACAGAGAUCCCUCCAUAUCGCCCUCUCCCAGAGGAGUUUGGUACCUCCUGCUGCAGUGCUGCACCCUCCCUGGGACUCAAAACACACCUCGUAAAUAUCCCCCCGACCACCAGCUCGCCUCGCCAAGCUGACAUUGAACUUCAGGGCCACGAUCGAUAGUUUCUACUGGCCCCAACCAUCUUUUGCUUUAUGGGGGUGGAACGUAUAUGAUGGAUUGGGAGGCCUGUUAUGUUAUGUAUGCAUAGGGCCUAGGUGACUUUAUAGUCAACUUCAUAGUUAAAAGAAUGGAUAGAAAGCUCUCAUAUUGGUUAUCCACGUGUAGAAAUAUUAUGUUUAUUUGAUGGAUCACAGUAUGUUUAUGAAAUGAAGGAAUCAAUCAUAUAGCUUGUCGUCGGAAAGCCACACACAUCUCUCCUAAACCCGCCCCAUGAUUGUAGAAAUAUGCUCAGACAGUAUGGGAAACGUGUCCUAUGUAAUACGUUAGUGUGAGUGAUGUUCCUGCCUUUUGUUAUGUCUACAGUGUGUGUUGUGAAGCCCGCGGCAAUCUCGUCUGGUAGCGUUUCACGCUUCAUUAACUGUAGCAUAACACUUUCUGUGACAUUUUAUGCAAGACAUUUUUCAGAGUUUGUGUUGUUCCAGCUGUCCCCGUUGGGAAGUGAGCCUUUUUUACGAUGGCCUAAGAUAACCAGCAUGCCCCCAGCCCAGCCACCGUUCUAGGAUGCGCACGCAGGCACACAGCUGAGCCGUUUUCCCCCCUGUCCCCCCCACUCACCUGCCUUUCCUCCCCACACAACCAACGCCCUACUCCGUAACAAACUGAGGACGGGGCUGUGGCAUUGGCAGCCAUUCAGUCUCUGACUCUCACAUCGGCCCCACAGAAAGCCUUUCAGGGCUCACCAGUGCAACAACUGCUGUGUUUUACUACAGCGUGAAAUGGGGAGUGACAGGCCAUGGCUGGCUCUACUUAGCCAUGCAGAAUGUACUGUAUCACUGUUUAGGGAGGAUGAUAAGCACACAAAGGGAGAGUUGGGAGCACAAACGGUUUUGUUGGGACAUUGCUCUAGCCAAGAGCUCUGGUGGAACUCAAGCCUCUACUGAUAGCCAAUGUGCUUGUUCACAUCUGGGAGUGAAAACAUUUACAUUUUACAUUUUAGUCAUUUAGCAGACGCUCUUAACCAGAGCGACUUACAGUUAGUGAGUGCAUACAUUUUCAUACUGGUCCCCCGUGGGAAUCGAACCCACAACCCUGGUGUUGCAAGCACCAUCCUCUACCAACUGAGCUACACGGGACUACAUUUCAAGUCAACAUAUUUUUUUGUGUAGAAACUUGCAUAUAAAUAUGUUAACGCAUCAUAGAACAAUCUCGUGUGGCAUUGUUAUUCCAAAAGAUGUUAGCCUGGAUGCCAGUCUUAGGCAUUAGCUUCAACUCUAUCUCAGACUGGCACCCAGGUUAACCAGACAGAUGCAACAUGACCAGCGCAAUUACCCGCCUUCGCUUCCAUGUUGUCUUUUGAUUGAUGAGUCACCUUUGUAAUUAUACAGAGCGUCUCCUAUUUGCUUUGGCAAGAGAUCUGUCGUGGUUCACGCCCCCUGUCCUACUAAAAUGUCCGUUCUGUGGGUGUGACUGUCGGGAAACGCUGACAGAUUGUCAGGUACCUGGGAGAGCUCUCACAGUGAGGAACUCAAAUACUUAUCAUCUUUUAUGACAUAUCCACUCCCUCAGAGAAAGAGAUUGUCAGACAGGCAAAAUCCUUAGGAAUGCACUUCCUUUCUUUUGUAUUUCGGCAUCGUUUUUUUAUUAUUGUAUGAAAACAUAUUUUUUUGUACAAAGUCAUUGUGAGACGAAUGUCGAAAGUGAUAGGCUUCAUGCGCUAACAUACAAGGUCGGAUCUAUGUUGUAAUCUUUUGAGCAUGGAAUGCCAUCUGAAUUCCACUUGUCUUGACACGCGAGCAUUUCAAACGCAAGUUUCAAUCCAUUUUCACUUCCCAUAUAGAUCCAAUUGUGAUUAACCAUAAAGGGACCAGAGCCUUUCUUCAACCAAUGGAAUGCAUUAAUUCCCAUGCACACAAGAUCUUUCAAUGGGAAAAUUGGCUUGAUCCCGCGGCUUACGUGUGUAUGUUCAGUGAUUUGUAGAGGGGAUUUUAGGGCUUUGGCAUGUGCUGUGUCUGCUGGCUGAGGUUCCUUUCGGCUAGAGAGGCUGCUGGAGCAGAAGCCACUGCCUCAACACCUCAUUGUUCCAGGAUGGUGCCUCUGGAAGGCUGGUCAUUAGUGCUGCUACUACCCUGUACUGCCACUGGAAAUGGGCUAAGUUAAAUGGGCUAAAUUAAGCCUUUCAUUUGUGAGGACAUAUGCGGUUUUGAAAGACACUUCAGUAAGAUUAUGUAAACAUGCAUUUUAUAUGAAUGAGUAUGUUAGAGCAAUAGUUUUACAUUCAAUAAUGCACUUGAAGGUCUAUUGAAAGUUAUUUCUGUGUUUUUCCCCUGAAGUAUUCUGUGGAACACCACAGUGGUUUAUUUUUAAUCCCCAGGGGUUUAUUCUGAACUCGUCACAUCCAGUCAAUACUGUACUUGGUUUUAGGGGAGGUUGAAGCCACUGAAGAAAAAUGGAACUGUCUCCCGCCUCUAUCCCCUUUCUCUCAGUCCUCAACACUUGAAUGUCCAGACAGUGUUCCUCCAACCCAGACAGAGUUCCUCCAACCCAGACAGAGUUCCUCCAACCCAGACAGAGUUCCUCCAACCCAGACAGUGUUCCUCCAACCCAGACAGAGUUCCUCCAACCCAGACGGUGUUCCUCCAACCCAGACAGUGUUCCUCCAACCCAGACAGAGUUCCUCCAACCCAGACGGUGUUCCUCCAACCCAGACAGUGUUCCUCCAACCCAGACAGAGUUCCUCCAACCCAGACAGUGUUCCUCCAACCCAGACAGUGUUCCUCCAACCCAGACAGAGUUCCUCCAACCCAGACAGUGUUCCUCCAACCCAGACAGUGUUCCUCCAACCCCACUCAGGAGGUGAGACCAAGCGAGCAGAGUUCUAACAGAGACCACAGUGUGUAAUUGAGAACUGGCAGGUGAGCCGAGCGCAGGGCCCUGAUUGCUCCAUGUUCCUCCCAGAAGCCAGGUUUACACUUCAACAUGUGCCCGUCCUACGCACUCCAUAAAAAGCAAAUAAACUUUUCACUGGAAAUGGCAUAACGACAGACGCUGCUAAUGAGCUAAUUAAAAACUCAUAAACACAGAUUCACCUCCCUGACUGAGAUGAGUCAUUUCUUACAUCAACGGUGCAUUUUAAGAGAUUAUUAUGUGCUUGUCUCUGCGUCAGUGAAACAUGGACAAAUACUGUACUUUAUCCUCUGAAUGACUAAUAUACUGUAUCUAAUAUCUAAUGGUCUGUGAGACUGAAGCGAGACAUCCAGAAGUCUCUGGCCAGAAGUUCACCUCACGAACCCUCAUUAGCUCUCAUUUCUCUUCUCACGGAAUGUUUCCAUCUCUUGUUUAUCAAAGAUUAUUCCCCCCUGCUGACCAACAUAUUGAACUUUCCCAUACGAGGAAUGCGGUGGUGGAGUCUGUUGACAGUUAGCUGCUGGGUCUCUGUGUUGGAGCUGGUGCAGAGGGUCUAAAUUGAAUGGAGCUGAAUGACUAGCUCUGGCAGGUCUCUGGUCACUGUGGUUUGGGCCCGUCCCAGUGGCUACACAGAAGCAGCAGCCCAGCAGUGGUUCCUCUGUGGGAGACUCUCCUACUGGUUCUGCUAGUACCACUGGUUCUGUAGCAGCCAGCUAGCAGCACCAGGAACACAUCAACCUCCAGCCCCUUUAUCCUAUCUGAGGUUCUGAACUCAUGCCCCUUUUCUGCGGUGGCAUCUGAUGCCUGAUUCCCUUGGACAUGCAUGAACUUUCAUGUUUUAUUACAUUUAGCCUUGAGUUUUUGAUUUGUUGAGGGCGAGCUGUUGUAUUUACAGCGAGAGGAAUCUGACCGUUAUUGGUGUAUUUUCAUUUUCAAUUCCUCAUCCGAUAUGUUGGGCUAAACAACUUGCACUGCAGUCACAACUAGGCUCCUCUUUGAGCCCAUGCCCGCGGGGCAAACAUCCAGUAAAUAAGUUCCACGUGUUUAAAAAGGGAAUCCCAAUAACAUUUUAACUGGGUGUAUCAUCUAUUAACCAUACGAUCUGUGUACAACUGGUCGAGGUACAGAGAGCAAGAGAGGGAGAGUGUUUGUGCCAGUGCCAAACUGUAUCAGGUCCAGACAUGAGGUGGAAGGGGAGGAUAGGGUGGUUGAGGGGGGUUAUGCGGAUGCAUUUUUGAAGGGAAUUUGUCAAGGGCAGAAGAGCCAGACAAAAUAUCCCAGCUAUUGAAUGGAUUUUGGUAGUCACGGUGACUUUGUGCUCUUUGCUCUAUUCAGAAACGAAUCCCCAUUGGGCCUUGGCCUGUUACCUCCUUUUGUAGAAAAUUGUUGAUGUUCUCAGAAGGUAUGUGGGGCAUCUGCAACAAAGAGGUGUGACUGCUGAUUGUGGUGUGUGCUGUGGAAGUGGCUUAGGGAGGUGCUUGGCAGUCAGAGGGGGAGAGGGAGGGAGAAUUCAACUACAUAGCCAGUAAUAUAACAUUUGAAAUGUAUUUUUCUUUUUACUUUUGUGAGUGUAAUGUUUAAUAUACAUUUCGAAAUUGUUUAUUUCACUUUGUUUCUUAUCUAUUCCACUUUGUUUCUUAUCUAUUCCACUUUGUUUCUUAUCUAUUCCACUUUGUUUCUUAUCUAUUCCACUUUGUUUCUUAUCUAUUCCACUUUGUUUCUUAUCUAUUCCACUUUGUUUCUUAUAUAUUCCACUUGAGUGAGAGAGGGGGAGAGAGAGAGAAACUUAAAACAAUGCAUGCUGAGCAGAAUUAGGACUAUACCCGCUAGUUAUCAAAAUUCAGAAAAGGGCUGUUAAAUUCUACAACCACCUAAAAGGAAGCAAUGCACAUUCCACCACAAACCCCUCACCUACAGAGAGAUGAACCUAGAGAAAAGUCACCUCAGCCAGCUGGUUCUGGGGCUCUGUUCACAAACACAAACAGACCCCACAGAGCCCCAGGACAGCGAUGAAAUUAGACCUAACCAAAUUAUGAGAAAGCAAAAAGAUAACUAUUUGACACACUGGAAAUAAUCAUCCAAAAAAUUGAGCAAAUUGGAAUGCUAUUUGGCCCUAAACAGAGUACACCGUGGCAGAAUACCUGACCACUGUGAUUGACUCAAAAUUAAGAAAUCCUUGACUAUGUACAGACUCUGUGAGCAUAGCCUUGCGAUUGAGAGAGGUCGCCAUAGGCAGACCUGGCUCUCAAGAGAAGACAAGAUCUGCGCCCACUGUCCACAAAAUGAGGUGGAAACUGAGCUGCACUUCCGAACCUCCUGCCAAAUGUAUGACCACAUUAGAGAGACAUAUUUACCAGCAGCAAGAUUAAUGGCCCGUUGCCAUGAGAAAAGGGCAAUCACUGGAGCACAAACAACAUAAUAAAUACCACCAAUAUUUAUCUGUUUAUUUAUCUCCCCCUACUAUUCGUACUACAACUAAUUGCACAUUGCUAAAACAUUGUACAUAGCUGAUAAUAUAACACUUGACAUUUCAAUUUUUUAAAACCUUUUUCAGUGCAAUGUUUUACUGUUAAUUUCUAAUAGUAAAUUUGUUUCUUCUCACUUUUGUUUAUUGUUAAUUUCACUUUCUUUGGCAAUGUAAACAUGUUUCCUAUGCCAAUAAAGCCCCUUUGAAUUGAGUGAGAGACCCUCCCUCUCUGGCUCCGCUCACACGCAGUUCUUUGAUGUGGCUAGCUCUUUCAAGCACUGACACCCUUCCUUCUCCCUUUCACAGUGCCUACAGCCCUGCAAGGAAUCCUGGGACCUGAAGGAAAACCAGUGCCAGGACUUAUGCGAGGUACGUAUGUCAUCUCUGACUCUCAGAGUUUGAGUGCUCCCUCCAGAGUCUGAAAGUCUGAAAAUCUGAGGGAACAAAGAGCAUCAAGCAAAGUGGAGACUCUUUUCUCUCUACUGUAAUGUAAUGGCACUCUGUGUUAGAUUGAAUAAAAGCUGUUUAACUUGCUCACCACUCAAAUUAGUCAUCAGGUCCAAUGUAAACAGGACAAUCCCUGUUAGCUAACUGCCCUGCCUGUUAGACAUUUUACAGACACUCUUAUCCAGAGCGACUUACAGGAGCAAUUAGGGUUAAUUGCCUCGCUCAAGGGCACACCAACAGAUUUUUCACCUAGUCAGCUCGGGAAUUCGAACCAGCGACCUUUCUGUUAUUGGCCCAAUGCUUCUAACCGCUAGGCUACCUGCAGCCCAUAGUUCACUGAGCUUAGCUCACUGACCUGCCUGUUAGCUCACUGACCUUCCUGUUCGGCAGGUAGCCUAGCGGUUAGAGAGGUAAGCCUGCAAUCUGUCGGGAAGUGAGCUGGCAACCGGAGGGUUGCUGGUAUGAAAUCUUAGAUACCAUUGCAUGUUGUUGUGCCCUUGAGCAAGGCACUUAACCCCCCUCAACAACAGCUCCCCAGGCGCUCAGUGUGGCAGCCCCCUGCACCUCUCCAAAACCUUUGUGUAUGUAUGUGUCUUUCGGAGGGGCUGGGUUAAAAGCAGAAGUCAAAUUUCCUCCUGACCCCCCCCCCCCUUCCUCCUACCACCUCCUCCUCCCCCUCUACCCUCCAGACUCUCUUUCCCAAGAAGCACUAUGAGUGUCUGACUAGCUGUGAGUUCCUGAAGUCUGUGGAGGGGGUGAAGCAGGGGGACUGCCCGGCUCCUGAUAAGGCCAGUGGCUUCGCUGCAGCCUGUGUGGAGAGCUGCGAGGAGGAUGGAGAGUGCUCCGCUGUCAAGAAGUGCUGCUCCAAUGGCUGCGGGCACACCUGUCAGAACCCCAAGAACCUCUACAAAGGUACAAUGACACACAUCAUAACAUGACAUGUACAUGUGCAGUAUAACAUCAUUGGGUACAACACCGAAGCUAGAUACUGUACAGGACUAUUAAAAUGCACUAAGAGCUUUCUGCUCCUUCCUUUUGUCCUUGAAUAUUGAUCAAUCAUAUUCUGUUAUCUGUCAAUCAUAUUCUGCCCUACGGCCAUUGUUAUUGUUUUUGUUUUGUUAACAAAGCGGAGGUGAGGAGUGUCGCCCAAUGUGUUAAAAAAAAUAUUGCAGUACAUAUUCUGCUGUUCUAUUACACGUGCAAUGAUGUCUUUUUGUCAACUGAUUGCAGUAACUUGUUGAUUGCAGUAACUUCUUUGUUGUUGUAAUAUCACAAACAGACAUGGCAGUUUCACCAGUAAGGAUUCCAGCUCAAACUUGAAUUGAUGUUUGUCAACUCAGACUCGCGACGCAUGUGGCAAGGACUACAUGCUAUCACAGACUACAAAGGCAAAUCCAGCUGUGUGGUGCCCACGAAGCCUCCCUCCCAGACAAGCUUGACACAUUCUAUGCUCGCUUCAAGGCAGACAAUACCGAGCCAUCCAGGAAGACUUGCUGCUCCGGAAGACCAGGUGCUUUCGCUCUCCGAGGCUGACGUGAGGAAAACUCUCAAAAGAGUGAAUACUCACAAAGCCGCCAACCCAGAUGGCAUCCCUGGCCGCAUCCUCAGAGUGUGUGCUGGCAAGCGUCUUCUCAGACAUCUUCAACCUGUUCCUGUUCCAGGCUGUAGUCCCCACCUGCUUCAAGGAGACCAUCAUCGUCCCAGUGCCCAAGAAAAACAAGGUGACAUGCCCAAAUGACUAUCGCCCCGUCACUCUCACCCCGGUCAUCAUGAAGUAUUUGGAUGGCUGGUCAUGGACACAUCAAGGCCAUCAUACCUACCGCUCCAACAGACCCACGGAAGAUUCCAUGUCCAUCACUAUUCACACGGCCGUAACACAUCUGGACAAGACGAACACCUAUGUGAGAAUGCUGUUCAUUGACUGCAGUUCAGCAUUCAACACUAUUGUUCCCUCCAAGCUCGACACCAAGCUCAGAGCCCAGGGUCUGGACACCACCCUCUGCAACUGGAUCCUGGACUUCCUGACGGGCAGACCACAGGCUGUGAGGAUUGGCAACAACACCUCCUCCACACUAACUCUCGGGUCUACCACCUCGGGUCCUCUCCAAAUACUACCGCUGCACCAUCGAGUGUCCUAAUCGGUUGCAUCACGGCCUGUUAUGGGAAUUGCUCCGUCUACAACCGCAAGGCCCUCCAGCGGGUGGUGAAGACUGCCCAGUACAUUACUUGGACUGUGCUGCCACCCAUCCAGGACAUCUACUCGAAACAGUGCCUGAGGAAGGCCUGCAGCAUCAUCAAGGUCCCCACACACCCCAGCCACGAGCUGUUCUCUCCCUUACGGUCGGGCAGACGAUAUCGGAGCAUGAGGUCUGAUACCAACAGGCUCAGAGGCAGACUGCUGAAAACCUUUAACUAGACUGACUACCUGCUCUGAUUGUCCGCGCCUUAGCACACAUGCACUCUUUCACAUGUGCGCGCACACACUCACUCACUUACUCACUCACUCACUCAUUCAUUCAUGCUAUAAACAUACAUACAUUCAUGCUACACACACAUCACAACUGCUGCUACCAGACUCUAAUUAUAAUGGCUAAAUACUGCACAAUUUAAACACUUGCCCCCCCCCCCCCCAAUCCCCCUUCCCCAAAACACGUGUAAAUAUUGGACUAUAAAUUGUGCCUUCAUGUAUUAUACUGAUGCUAACAUGUUGAUUCUAUUCUACUGAGCCAUUUACUUUAUGUUCCUAUUCUUAUCUUUCAUUAUUUCUUAUUGUCGAGAAGGAACCUGUAAGUAAGCAUUUCGUUGGACGGUGUAUACCAUGCGUAUCCUGUACAUACGACUUAUAAAACUUGAAACUUGAGCUAACAGUUUAUGUAUACAUUACUUGUUUCACGAGUAGUGCUGCGAACUCCAUUUAGCUAUGCAGUGAACCAUACAUUUUAAUUUUGAGUCAUUUCAAAUAUUUCCUGUGAGUUUCUCUUUCUCAACGCAAUCCCCACAUUCUGUACAUAUUUUAUGAUACAUCCAGUGUGUGAAAUUGUUCCAAAUCAGCUUCAGGCUCACAGAUGCACACAGCGAGAGAGAGAGAGAGAGAGAGAGAGAGAGAGAGAGAGAGAGAGAGAGAGAGAGAGAGAGAGAGCACUCCACUCCAGUAAAACUGUUUAAUGGCACAGCCUGAGGUGUCUGGAUGUUGAGAGGAGAGGAGAGCUCUUAGCCCAUUGUGUAAGAGCGAGACUCUGUCAGUGCCUCUGUGACGGGAGAUGGAAGCUGCGUCUUCUUCAGUUGUGUAUAUUAUAUCAGCAGCCCACCGACUCUCUGGCUUCUGACAGCUUUGGGCAAUAAUAAGGCAGGAGAAAUGGAACUGGGCUCAGUGGAAGUUGUGAUUACUUUGAAGUGCACACACAGAUGUGUGUGUUGGGGGUGGGUUGUGUGUGUGUGUGUGUGUGUGUGUGUGUGUGUGUGUGUGUGUGUGUGUGUGUGUGUUGAAGCGUGCAUUAAUAAUAUUCCUAUAUUCUAAGAGAAUCAAUGUACAUUAAAGGCAGUGUCAGUGUCAUGGCCAGUUGUUUCACAGCCUGUCUAGAUGGAGAAAGAUGAAAGGAGAUAUAUCCUUGAGUUUAACCUUUACGGGAUCGGUGUUCCGUAUACGGACGGUUGAGCUAUUGUGAUUAGCAUGACUGUUGUAAGUAACAGCAAACUUUCCAGGACAUAGACAUGUCUUAUAUGGGCAGAAGCUUAAAUUAUUGUUAAUCUAACUGCACUGUCCAAUUUACAGUGGUUAUUACAGUGAAAAAAUACCAUGCUAUUGUUUGAGGAGAGUGCACAACAAAAUUAUCACAGCAACUGGUUUGAUACAUUCACCUCUGAAGGUAAAUAAUGUACUUACAUUCAGUAAAUUUGCUCUGAUUUGUCAUCCUAAGGAUCCCAGAAAUAAAAUGUAGCAUAGUUUUGUUUGAUAAAAUCCAUUUUUAUAUUCAAAUGUAGGAACUGGGUUCUACAGUUUGAACCCCUGCUGUCUCUGGCUCCACACCCACCCCACCCGGCCAUCUAGAUGUGUGAAAGUUAGUGUGUAAGCUAAUGAUCCAUCAUGUAUGACAUUCCUGGGAGUGUGUAAACUUACAUUUUAUAUUACAAUAUCAUUUUUGUAUGUUCUCUAUAGUUAUGUACUUGAAAAUGUAUCAAUUGACCAAUUUGGCACAUUUGGGCAGACUUUAUACAAAAUAGUCCAGUAUUACAAUGCUUCACUGGAUCAAUCUGAAACUUUGCACAAACACUGCUGCCAUCUAGUAGCCAAAAUCUAAAUUGCGCCUAAUCUUCAAUAUUAUAUUGUGGCCUUUCUCUUGCGUUUCAAAGAUGAUGGAUCCAUUUUUUUUAUAGAAAACAGAUGUUUUUUUUGUUUGUAUUAUCUUUUACCAGAUCUAAUGUGUUAUAUUCUCCUAUAUUAAUUUCACAUUUCCACACACUUCAAAGUGUUUCCUUUCAAAUGGUAUCAAGAAUAUGCAUAUCCUUGCUUCAGGUCCUGAGCUACAGGCAGUUAGAUUUGGGUAUGUCAUUUUAGGCAAAAAUGGAAAAAAAAUUGGUUAAUACAGAAAUAUACUGUACUCAAUUAGAAAUAUUCACCAUACAGCACAGACAAACGUAUAGAACCAAACAGUUGACUGUCCUGCUAAUCCAAACACUUACUGUAGCCUAUGGUUGAUCUGUAUUGGGAUCAGAUUUGCACGUUUUAAUUAGCAGUCUGGUUUAAGUCUGGAUUGAAUUCCAAUCCUGAUCUCCAGUGUUGAAGGUGUACAGUGCCUUACAAAAGUAGUCAUCCCCCUUGGUGUUUUUCCUAUUUUGUUGCAUUACAACCUGUAAUUUAAAUUUAAAUUUAAAUUUUUACAUUUUAGUCAUUUAGCAGACGCUCUUAUCCAGAGCGACUUACAGGAGCAAUUAGGGUUAAGUGCCUUGCUCAAGGGCACAUUUACGUCAUUUAGCAGACGCUCUUAUCCAGAACGACUCACAAAUUGGUGCAUUCACCCUAUAGCCAGUGGGAAAACCACUUUACAAUUUUUUUUUUUGGGGGGGGGGGGGGGGGGGGGUAGAAGGAUUACUUUAUCCUAUCCCAGGUAAUCCUUAAAGAGGUGGGGUUUCAAAUGUCUCCGGAAGGUGGUGAGUGACUCCGCUGUCCUGGCGUCGUGAGGGAGCUUGUUCCACCAUUGGGGUGCCAGAGCAGCGAACAGUUUUGACUGGGCUGAGCGGGAACUAUGCUUCCGCAGAGGAAGGGGAGCCAGCAGGCCAGAGGUGGAUGAACGCAAUGCCCUCGUUUGGGUGUAGGGACUGAUCAGAGCCCGAAGGUACAGAGGUGCCGUUCCCCUCACUGCUCCAUAGGCAAGCACCAUGGUCUUGUAACGGAUGCGAGCUUCAACUGGAAGCCAGUGGAGUGUGCGGAGGAGGGGGGUGACGUGAGAGAACUUGGGAAGGUUGAACACCACACGGGCUGCGGCAUUCUGGAUGAGUUGUAGGGGUUUAAUGGCACAGGCAGGGAGGCCAGCCAACAGCGAGUUGCAGUAGUCCAGACGGGAGAUGACAAGUGCCUGGAUUAGGACCUGUGCCGCUUCCUGUGUAAGGCAGGGUCGUACUCUCCGAAUGUUGUAGAGCAUGAACCUGCAGGAGCGGGUCACCGCCUUGAUGUUAGCGGAGAACGACAGGGUGUUGUCCAGGGUCACGCCAAGGCUCUUCGCACUCUGGGAGGAGGGCACAACGGAGUUGUCAACCGUGAUGGCGAGAUCAUGGAACGGGCAGUCCUUCCCCGGGAGGAAGAGCAGCUCCGUCUUGCCAGGGUUCAGCUUGAGGUGGUGAUCCGUCAUCCAUACUGAUAUGUCUGCCAGACAUGCAGAGAUGCGAUUCGCCACCUGGUUAUCAGAAGGGGGAAAGGAGAAGAUUAGUUGUGUAUCGUCAGCGUAGCAAUGAUAGGAGAGGCCAUGUGAGGAUAUGACAGAGCCAAGUGACUUGGUGUAUAGGGAGAAAAGGAGAGGGCCUAGAACUGAGCCCUGGGGGACACCAGUGGUGAGAGCACGUGGUGCGGAGACAGCUUCUCGCCACGCCACUUGGUAGGAGCGACCGGUCAGGUAGGACGCCAUCCAGGAGUGAGCCGCGCCGGAGAUGCCCAGCUCGGAGAGGGUGGAGAGGAGGAUCUGAUGGUUCACAGUAUCAAAGGCAGCAGACAGGUCUAGAAGGACAAGAGCAGAGGAGAGAGAGUUAGCUUUAGCAGUGCGGAGAGCCUCCGUGACACAGAGAAGAGCAGUCUCAGUUGAAUGACCAGUCCUGAAACCUGACUGGUUUGGAUCAAGAAGGUCAUUCUGAGAGAGAUAGCAAGAGAGUUGGCUAAAGACGGCACGCUCAAUAGUUUUGGAAAGAAAAGAAAGAAGGGAUACUGGUCUGUAGUUGUUGACAUCAGUGGGAUCGAGUGUUGGUUUUUUGAGAAGGGGAGCGACUCUCGCUCUCUUGAAGACGGAAGGGACAUGGCCAGCGGUCAAGGAUGAGUUGAUCAGCGAGGUGAGGUAGGGGAGAAGGUCACCGGAGAUGGUCUGGAGAAGAGAGGAGGGGAUGGGGUCAAGCGGGCAGGUUGUUGGGCGGCCUGCAGUCACAAGUCGCAGGAUUUUAUCUGGAGAGAGAGGGGAGAAAGAAGUCAAAGCAUAGGGUAGGGCAAUGUGAGUAGGACCAGCAGUGUCAUUAGACUUAACAAACGAGGAUCGGAUGUCGUCAACCUUCUUUUCAAAGUGGUUGACGAAGUCAUCCACAGAGAGAGAGGAGGGGGGGGGGGGGGGGGGGGGGGGGGGGGGGGGGGAUUCAGCAGGGAGGAAAAAGUGGCAAAGAGCUUCCUAGGGUUAGAGGCAGAUGCUUGGAAUUUAGAGUGGUAGAAAGUGGCCUUAGCAGCAGAAACAGAUGAAGAAAAUGUAGAGAGGAGGGAGUGAAAAGAUGCCAGGUCGGCAGGGAGUUUAGUUUUCUUCCAUUUCCGCUCAGCUGCCCGGAGCUCUGUUCUGUGAGCUCGCAAUGAGUCAUCAAGCCACGGAGCUGGAGGGGAGGACCGAGCCGGCCGGGAGGAUAGGGGACACAGAGAGUCAAAGGAUGCAGAAAGGGAGGAGAGGAGGGUUGAGGAGGCAGAAUCAGGAGAUUGGAGGGAGAAGGAUUGAGCAGAGGGAAGAGAUGAUAGGAUGGAAGAGGAGAGAGUAGUGGGAGAGAGAGAGCGAAGGUUGCGACGGCGCAUUACCAUCUGUGUAGGGGCAGAGUGAGUAGUGUGGGAGGAGAGCGAGAGAGAAAAGGAAACAAAGUAGUGGUCGGAGACAUGGAGGGGAGUUGCAGUGAGAUUAGUAGAAGAGCAGCAUCUAGUAAAGAUGAGGUCAAGCGUAUUGCCUGCCUUGUGAGUAGGGGGGGACGGUGAGAGGGUGAGGUCAAAAGAGGAGAGGAGUGGAAAGAAGGAGGCAGAGAGAAAUGAGUCAAAUGUAGACAUAGGGAGGUUGAAAUCCCCCAAAACUGUGAGGGGUGAGCCAUCCUCAGGAAAGGAACUUAUCAAGGCGUCAAGCUCAUUGAUGAACUCUCCAAGGGAACCUGGAGGGCGAUAGAUGACAAGGAUAUUAAGCUUAAAUGGGCUAGUGACUGUGACAGCAUGGAAUUCAAAUGAGGAGAUAGACAGAUGGGUUAGGGGAAAAAUUGAGAAUGUCCACUUGGGAGAGAUGAGGAUUCCUGUGCCACCACCCCUCUGACCAGAUGCUCUCGGGGUAUGCGAGAACACAUGGUCAGACGAGGAGAGAGCAGUAGGAGUAGCAGUGUUUUCAGUGGUAAUCCAUGUUUCCGUCAGCGCCAGGAAGUCGAGGGACUGGAGGUUAGCAUAGGCUGGGAUGAAGUCAGCUUUGUUGGCAGCAGAACGGCAGUUCCAGAGGCUGCCUGAGACCUGGAACUCCAGGUGUGGGGUGCGUGCAGGGACCACCAGGUUAGAGAGGCAGCAGCCACGCGGUGUGGGGCGUUUGUGUAGCCUGUGCAGAGAGGAGAGAACAGGGAUAGGCAGAAGCAUAGUUGACAGGCUGUAGCAAAUGGCUACAAUAAUGCAGAGGAGAUCGGAAUGAAAUGAGCUAAACAUCAGGGAGAGGAGAGAGCAGGGCCCUCUCACCAAAAACUUCUACCUCAGAAACUAUAAUUGUUUCACUGAACCACCCGAACAAAAACUCUACCAACUUCCACCUUUAGAAAUUAGAAUUGUUGUGAACCACAGCGGUUCAAUGUUUAAAGGAAUAGACUCAACCCACUUUAUUCAUGGAUUUUUAUUUGGAUUUCAUGUAAUGGACAUACACAAAAUAGUCCAAAUUGGUGAAGUGAAAUGAAAAAAAUAACUUGUUUAAAAGAAUUCAAAAAAAUAAAUAAUGGAAAAGUGGUGCGUGCAUAUGUAUUCACACCCUUUGCUAUGAAGCCCCUAAAUAAGAUCUGAUGCAACCAAUUACCUUCAGAAGUCACAGAAUUAGUUAAAUAAAGUCCACCUGUGUGCAAUCUAAGUGUCACAUGAUCUGUCACAUGAUCUCAAUGUAUAUAUACACCGGUUCUGAAAGGCCCCAGAGUCUGCAACACCACUAAGCAAGGGGCACCACCAAGCAAGCGGCACCAUGAAGACCAAGGAGCUCUCCAAACAGGUCAGGGACAAAGUUGUGGAGAAGUACAGAUCAGGGUUGGGUUAUAAAAAAACCACCAAAAUUCACGGACCAGGCAAGGAGGGCAUUGAUCAGAGAGGCAACAAAGAGACCAAAGAUAACCCUGAAGGAGCUGCAAAGCUCCACAGCGGAGAUUGGAGUAUCUGUCCAUAGGACCACUUUAAGCCGUACACUCCACAGAGCUGGGCUUUACGGAAGAGUGGCCAGAAAAAAAGCCAUUGCUUAAAGAGAAAAAUAAGCAAACACAUUUGGUGUUCGCCAAAAGGCAUGUGGGAGACUCUCCAAACAUUGGGGAAAAAAGUACUCUGGUCAGAUGAGACUAAAAUUGAGCUUUUUGGCCAUCAAGGAAAACGCUAUGUCUGGCGCAAACCCAACACCUCUCAUCACCCCGAGAACACCAUCCACAGUGAAGCAUUGUGGUGGCAGCAUCAUUCUGUGGGGAUGUUUUUCAUCGGCAGGGACUGGGAAACUGGUCAGAAUUGAAGGAAUGAUGGAUGGCGCUAAAUACAGGGAAAUUCUUGAGGGAAACCUGUUUCAGUCUUCCAGAGAUUUGAGACUGGGACGGAGGUUUACUUUCCAGCAGGACAAUGACCCUAAGCAUACUGCUAAAGCAACACUCGAGUGGUUUAAGGGGAAACAUUUAAAUGUCUUGGAAUGGCCUAGUCAAAGCCCAGACCUCAAUCCAAUUGAGAAUCUGUGGUAUGACUUAAAGAUGAAUGUAUACCAGCGGAACCCAUCCAACUUGAAAGAGCUGUAGCAGUUUUGCCUUGAAGAAUGGGAAAAAAUCCCAGUGGCUAGAUGUGCCAAGCUUAUAGAGACAUACCCCAAGAGACUUGCAGCUGUAAUUGCUGCAAAAGGUGGCUCUACAGAUUAUUGACUUUGGGGGGGUGAAUAGGUAUGCACGCUCAAGUUUUCUUAUUUUUUUGUCAUUUCUUGUUUGUUUCACAAUAAAAAAUAUUUUGCAUCUUCAAAGUGGUAGACAUGUUGUGUAAAUCAAAUGAUACAAACCCCCAAAAAAUCCAUUUUUUAAUUCCAGGUUGUAAGGCAACAAAAUAGGAAAAAUGCCAAGGGGGGUGAAUACUUUCGCAAGCCACUGUAAUUAUGUGCUCACGGUGUGGAGAGAGUAAUUGUUUCUGUGUGUGCGCAAAUGGAGCGUUUCCCCCAUGGAGAUCGCUCACAGAUGUGUGUGAUGUAUGUGUGUGUGUAUGCACGCUCCGGUGAAGGUCAACAGGGAGUGUGUGUGUGUCCCUGACUGAAGAAGAGUGCGCUGUAGUAAGCAGAUCUUUUUCAAAGUGCUCUGUCUUUUGAGCACAGCCCCUACUGGGCCCCAUCCCAUAUCUACCGUAUAGAGCGUUUGUCUUUACAUCAACACUCAGGGAUAUUACCUACUAUUCACUAGUCUUAAACUCCUCCUGUUUUCAAAGCUGUACUGGCGAAGUGGAGUUCUGAAUAAGAUAUGUUGUGAGCAUAUGGAACAUUGCUAUUUCACCUUUUCAUGGUUUUAGAUUUUAUAGAAAACUCUUGAGUGCCUCAUUAUUUCUUAAUUAAUGUACAGUAUAUAUGACUAUCCUGCUGAUUCUUAUGUUCUCAUCUAAGAGACUCUUAUUUAGUGGGAGGCCAGCGAGAACCUCCUAUAUAGCGCACAGAGGCAGAUGUUCUUAGCUCUCUUUAGUCACUUCUCUUCUCCUCGCUCUCUCUUUCCCUCUCUCUUUCUCUCUUUCGCUCUCUCUCUCUCAUGCGCUCUCUCUCAGGUUUUAUUAGUCGUAUGUACGGGAUAUGCAUUAUAUACUUUGUCCAAGGAAAUUCUUACUUCCAGGUUCCUUAAGAAAUAAUGAAAGAUAAUAAUACGAACAUAAAGUAAAUGUCUCAGUAGAAUAGAAUAAACAUUUUAGCAUCAGUAUGAUACAGGAAGGCACAAUUUAUAGUUCAAUAUUUACAUGUGUAUUUGGGAUGGGGGGAGAAGGGUGGGAUGGGGGCAGUGUAUAAUAAGAGUCUGGUAGCAGCAGUUGUGAUGUGUGCUAAGGUGCGGAGAAUCAGAGUAGGUGGUCAGUCCAGUUCAAGUAUUCAGCAGUCUCUCACUCACAAUCAUGAUGGCCUGGUAGUAAUGGAUGGGAUAUACUAUCACAUGGAGACCACUGAGAGACCAGUGUCGAAAAGCCUGUCUUGUUCUCAACCCAUGUACAUCUGUCAGUCUUUACUUAUGGUCUAACUCCCUCUGGAGAAGCUGGUGAUGCUUCAUCUUCACACUCACCAGCUAGCCGUCUCCCUCCCCAGCUGUUCACAGCUCCACACCACUAAUGGACUUCGAGACAAGAGCGUGAACAGUGCUUGACCACCAUGGGGUGUGGCUGCUCAGUUUUCCAAAACAAAGAAAGUCAUUUAAUGUACGUAUGUGAAACAUAUCUUCAUUGUUAACCACCAGAGCUGUAUAUAACUAUGUAUAUUAAUGGUUCUGGUAACCGUGGCAUAACACUGAGCACUCAUCUGUAUUUAAACAUUAUGGGAGGCCAUUGUACUACAUGAACCUUUUGAAGAAUGUAUUGUUGGAUGUGUUGUGUUCCUCCCACAUUGAUUGGUGCUCUUUUGCCUCGGCCCCUGUAAUUAGCCAGGUCAUUAUGACAGUGUGUGCGUGAGCACCCAGAAUUAUAAUCCAGGAGAGUUAUUGUUGGAAUGCAUGAGACAUGAAUGGACGCUCAGCUCUUGAUCACUGUUCAACAGGGCUAACGUCAUGGUUGUGUUUUUUGGAUGGGGCAGAGCAAGCAUGUGGCCAUUUCAAGGAUUAAUCCUGUGAGGAUGAUUAUUGGAUGGGACCAGGCCCCAUAGUGGUAAUCUUUGUAGGGGGGAGAGCUGAGCGAGGGUUUAGGAUUGGUCGCUUUGCUGCAUGUGGAUGGCUGUUGGAUGAGGAGUGUCUAUGGCUGAGGGAAAAUGAGACUGGGAGGAGGAAUGCUGUGGUAUUGUUAGUGCGUUCAUCAUUGACACACGCUGGAGCUGUGAAACAAUAGACACAAGACUGACUCCAUAUGUGUCUGGCAAAUGGGCCCACCUCCAUCUCCCACCUGGCAUUUUAAGAGCAUCAAUCAAUCUCGUUAAAAAGACUCAAUAGAGAUGUAAGAAGUUCACGCAGCCUGCUUAUGCAGCACAGGCAAUUCAACACUAUUUUGAGCACCUUGUUUGCAGUUACUUUACUGCCUUGAGUGUGUGUUUUAUACUGUAUGCAUUUCAUGAAUGCAGAGCAGCUCUAGGCGCUCGCUCUCCUCAGUUAUAGUGAAGAGGUCCUUGGGUAAGUGUGUGAGAACGCCAGGUGAUUUUAAUCGAGAGGUGUGGGAUUUAUUCAGUGAUCUUCUGUACUCUUAAACGUUGUUUCCAAUCUCCAUCUCAUUAACACUCAGCCCACUGCUCAGUCAAUACGUCACUACCUCUCAGAUGAAAUAAAUCCUCCAGGAGAGAGUUAAUCUGUCAUGGCCACUCACUUUCCCCCGCACUGCGCACUUAAUACAUCUAAUUUAUCGCACAUUGAAGGAGUUUGAAUGGGUUGAAUGUGAGGAACAAUGAGGCAAAUGUAUUGUACACGUGUGUGUGUGUACCUUAUGUAUGUAUGUAUGUACAGUGCCUUCAGAAAGUAUUCAUAACCCUUGACUUAUUCCGUAAUUAGUUGUUACAGCCUGAAUUCAAUUCAUUUUUUUCUCUCACCCAUCUAUACACAAUACCCUAUAAUGACAGUGAAAACAUGUUUUUAGACAUUUUUGCUUAUUUAUUGAAAAUGAAAUCCAGAUAUAUCUCAUUUACAUAAGUAUUCACACCCCUGAAUCAAUACUUUGUAGAAGCACCUUUGGCAGUGAUUACAGCUGUGAAUAUUUCUGGGUAAAUCUCUUAAGACCUUUCCACACCUGGAUUUUGCAACAUUUGCCCAUUAUUCUUAAAAAAAAUAUUUAUGCUCUAUCAAAUUGGUUGUUGAUCAUUGCUAGAUGAUAACCAUUUUCAUGUCUUGCCAUAGAUGUUCAAGUAGAUUUAAGUCAAAACUGUAACUCUGGAACUCAGGAACAUUCACUGUCUUUUUGGUAAACAACUCCAGUGUAGAAUUGGCCUUGUGUUUUAGGUUAUUGUCCUGCUGAAAGGUGAGUUAAUUUCAGUGUCUGGUGGAAAGCAGACUCAACCAGGUUUUGCCUGUGCUUAGCUCCUUUCAGUUUCUUUUUUUAUCCUGAAAAACUCCCCAGUCCUUAAUGAUUACAAGCAUACCCAUAACAUGAUGCAGCCACCACUAUGCUUGAACAUAUGGAGAGUGGUACUCCGUAAUAUGUUGUAUUGGAUUUGCCCCAAACAUAACACUUUGUAUUCAGGACAAAAAGUUAAUGCUUUGCUAAUUUCUUUUGCAGUAUAACUUAAGUGCCUUGUUGCAAACAUGAUGCAUGUUUUGGAAUAUUUUAAUUAUUUACAGGCUUCCUUCUUUUCACUCUGUCAGUUAGGUUAGUAUUGUGAAGUAACUACAAUGUUGUUGAUCCAUCCUCAGUUUUCUCCUAUUACAGCCAUUAAACUCUAACUGUUUUAAAGUCACCAUUGGCCUCAUGAUGAAAUCCCUGAACAGUUUCCUUCCUCUCCGGCCAUUGAGUUAGGAAGGAAGCCUGUAUCUUUGUAGUGAUUCGGUUUAUUGAUACACCAUCCAAAGUGUAAUUAAUAACUUUCCCAUGCUCAAAGGGAUAUUCAAUGUAUGUUUUAUUUUUUUAUCCAUCUACCAAUAGGUGCCCUUCUUUGCGAGGCAUUGGAAAACCUCCCAGGUCUUUGUGGUUGAAUCUGUGUUUGAAAUUCACUGCUUGAAUGAGGGACCUUACAGAUAAUUGUAUGUGUGGGGUAAAAAUGAUGUUCAACACCAUUAUUGCACACAGAGUGAGUCCAUGCAACUUAUUAUGUGACUUGUUAAGCAAAUGUUUACUCCUGAACGUAUUUAGGCUUGCCGUAGCAAAGGGGUUGAAUACUUAUUAACUCGAGACAUUUCAGCUUUUCAUUUUUUAUUAAUUUGUAAAGAUUUUCAAGGAUUCUACUUUGACAUUGUUUGUCACUGGCCUACACAUAAUACCAAAUAAUCUUAAUGUAAUCCAUUUGAAAUUCAGGCUGUAACACAACAAAAUGUUCAAAAAGUCGUGGUGUGUAUACUUUCUGAAGGCACUCUGUAUGUGUGUACCCAUGUACAGUGUGUGUGUGUGUGUGUGUGUGUGUGUUGACAUGGAGUUUAAGCUCCUCUGCUUUCCUCUCUACCUCACAUACCCAGAGGCUAAUUAUCUGUGUCCUCCUCCCCAAAGAGACAGCUGGUAAAACACAUUCUCUUUAUCCAAGAGUAUAUCACGUUCCGUCACAGCACAAUGACCAUGCUAUUGACCCAGUGGACAGUGUCUGGCUGUCUGUCUGUCUGUCUGUCUGUCUGUCUGUCUGUCUGUCUGUCUGUCUGUCUGUCUCAAUCUCACAGUGGUGAUGUUAUGUCAUGUUUCUCCUAACGUCAGUCUCCCAGUGAUGAUGUCAUGUCCCUCGUUAAUUUUGUCUCACUGUGAUGUCAUGCCCCAUUCUCUCCCAAACUCAGUCUCACAGUGAUGAUGCCAUGUGUGUGUGUGUGUGUGUGUGUGUGUGUGUUGUCAGGAGCUCCUCUGAAGCCCAGGAAGGAGCUAGUGUUUGUGGAACAGCUGUCAGGAUGCCUGGAGAUCCGCUGGUCCUCUAAGUUCAACAUCUCUGUGGAGCCUGUCCUGUACGUGGUGCAGCGCUGCUGGAACUAUGGCAUCCACCCCAGUGAGGACGACGCCACAGAGUGGGAGACCGUGGCACAGGUAGGACAGCACAGCACACCACAACACACCAAACCAGGCUUCUCUGAAUACCUUACUGCAUGUGUGCAUCGCAGUACUAGCUGUGCCACUAGAGAUCCUGGUUCGAAUCCAGGCUCUGUCGCAGCCGGCCGCGACCGGGAGACUCAUGGGCGGCGCACAAUUGGCCCAGCGUCGUCCAGGGUAGGGGAGGGAAUGGCCGGCAGGGAUGUAGCUCAGUUGAUAGAGCAUGGCGUUUGCAACGCCAGGGUUGUGGGUUCGAUUCCCACGGGGGGCCAGUAUAUAUAAAAAAAUAGGUAUUCACUAACUGUAAGUCGCUCUGGAUAAGAGCGUCUGCUAAAUGACUAAAAUGUAAAUGUAAUGUGGAGGAUCGCUCUUUCAUUCACAUACAGCACAUUGUGAUCAAACCAUUUCAUUUAGUUGCAUGCUCAGUACUUUUGAUUGAAGAUUUAACAAAAAAUCUGUGAUGCAUUCUUUGGGUGAAAAACAAACCUUAAAACGAAUAUUUUCACCACAAGAGAUGAAAAAGUCAGGGUGCUACUCCACAGCUGUGGAAGCGCUGCACUCAUUCAGACUGUCGGACACUGUUGCACAUUCCUUACAGUCAGUGUCUUUGACAGUUUGGCAAGGAGAAACAGACAGAUGACUGAUGUUGCAGCAACACUCACAAAUGUCGCGACCCUGUGUGACCUCUGACCCCUGUGUGCCUGCUCACUCCCAUCUGUCCCUCAGACUACAGAGGAGCGCGUCCAACUGGCCGACAUCAGAGCCAGCAGAUGGUACCAGUUCAGAGUGGCGGCCGUCAACGUGCACGGGACCCGCGGGUUUACUGCCCCCAGCAAGCACUUCCGCUCCUCCAGAGGUAGGUUACAUCUGUGUGUCUGUGUGUGUGUCUGUGUGACACCCUAUCCCCUCCAUUUGCUCUAGUCAAGGAACAGGAACAGGUGGAGCCUUUGGGACAAUCCAUUACAACCUGAUUUGCCCCAGUAACGGCCAAUUUACCCAUUUUGUUACACAUGUGCAUGUACAAAUUGUGUUUUCUGCAAAUUGCGUUGGUGUGUCUGUGACCUUUUGGCUGGAAUUAAAUCAAACAUGCACUGAGGAAAACCCACUCUACAGAAACAUACAUUGUCCCUGUACAUUACAGAUUAUUCACACCCGUAAUGCUAAUUUAUUGUAAGUAAAUAGCUAAAUGAUUUUGGCACGUCUAAAAAGCCAGCACAAGCAUACGUACAUAAGCCUUGACUUUUAUUUUCCCUACCUAGCAAACCUGAACCUCAAAUCGGAUUAGCAUUCGCUAAGCAUUCCUCGCCCUUCCGAUCCUAAAGUUGUCAAUUCACACUGAUGCCAAACAGAGCACAGAGAGUCAUCAGAAACCCCUGAGUGCAGAACAUGUUAUUUUCUGCAUAGCGUUGUACGUGUAACUCUUCAAAGGUGGGGUUUUCCCUCUUUACAGCCGUAUAACAUGUAAUAUGUCUGAAUUAGUCAGGAUAUUGCAUGUUUCAACUGCAUGUAAGUUGUCUGGCUUCCAGGGAGAAUGAGGUAAGGUAGGCUGCUCAGUGCAUCAGACCUGUGUUACAGAUUAGCAUUGUGUUUGAUGGCUGGCUGUAGGGCUAUGCUGAUGCCUGUACUGCUGUCUAUGUUCCCACGUUGAAUGACACUAAAUAGCUCUUUAGUGUGACCGUAGAUUGCAUUUGUUAAAUCACCCGGCCAAUUGUUGUGGAAUUACAGAUCGUUAUAAAUUGUUUAGGACCUUGAGCCCUCACCCAUCUGGACAAAAGGAUUGCAUAUGUGUGGAUGCUGUUCAUCGACUACAGCUUGGCCUUUAAUACCAUAGUGCCAUCUAAGCUAAUCACAAAGCUCACUGCCCUGGGUCUGAACUCCUCCCUAUGCAACUGGGUCCUGGACUUCCUGACAGGCUGCCUCCAGGUAGUGAAGGUUGGCAACAUUUACCUCCUCAACACUGAUUUUCAACACGGGGGCCCCACAAGGGUGCGUCCUCAGUCCCCUCCUGUACUCCCUGUAUACCCACAACUGUGUGGCCUCACACAGUUCCAACUCCAUCAUCAAGUUCGCUGACGACACAACAGUAGUAGGCCUGAUUUAACAAUAAUGACGAGACAGCCUACAGGGAGGAGGUAGGCACUCUGACGGUGUGGUGCCAGGUAAACAACCUCUCCCUCAACAUCAGUAAAACAAAUGAGAUGAUUGUGGACAAAUUAGAUGAUUGUGGACCCAUCCUCAUCAACAGGGCCGCCAUGGAAACGGUCAAAAACUUCAAGUUCCUCUGCGUACAUAUCGCCGAGCAGCUGAAAUGGUCAAACCACACGGCCACCGUGGUGAAGAAGGCACGACAGCGACUCAUCAACCUCAGAAUGUUGGAGAAAUUGGUCCUGUCCCCGAGGGCCCUCAGUGUUCUACAGGAGCCCCAUUGAGAGCAUACAGUCGGGCUGCAUCACAUCCUGGUACGGCAACUCCACUGCCGUGGACCGCAAGGUGCUACAGAGGGUGGUACGCUCAGUCAAAUGCACCAUUGGGUGCACACUGCCUGCCCUCCAGGACACCUACAACACCAGGUGUCACAGAAAUGCCAAGAAGAUCAUCAGGGACUGCAGCCACCCGAGCCAUGGCCUGUUCUCCUUGUUUCCAUCACUAAGACAUGGGCAGUACAGGAGCAUCAUGGCAAAAACUGGAAGCCUGGCCAAGAGCAUCUACCCCCAGCGUAUCAUGCUGCUGAAUACUCACCACUAGUCAGCUUCCUGCUCCGCCUUUUUCCAACCACAACGUUGAUGGAUUGAUGAAAGCUGUUACGGACUUGAUGAGCGAUUUGAUUCUGUCAUUCCAUUGUUAUUUACAUAGCUCAGCCUGAUCAUCUGAUUGCAAUUGUGCACCACCAUACUUUGUUUGGGCAUUUUGGAAAAACUCUCGCUCCUAAUUUAUAUAGCAUGGAUAACAGCUGGUUCGCUCUGAAAAUCACUGUGAUUGUGACUGGGUCGGGCAGACGUUCAGCCCAGAGUGUUUUGGACUUAGUUCUGGGCCCACAUUCAGGUGGGAGAGAGGAGGAAGGGAAGAGGAGCUGACCGUAACAGGGCUGUUAAUCAUUUUCUUAUUAAGAGCAAAUUCCCUCUGGUCUGGCAUCUGGCUCUGCCUCUGACUGCCUGGCCCUGCCUGGGUCCACUGGCCUGACAGCCGUACACUGCAGCCGCCAGAAAUCCUGGGUCAGACCCCAUCUGGCCGGCUUCAAAACCAGCCAUCUUACUUACAUGCACACCCACACCCACACCCACCAGCUAGGUAGAGUCGAGGAGUAGAUGGAAUUUGAGGGUAGAGCCAAAGUGAGCAGCAUGUGUUUGGUGACCCUUGACCUGAGCUCUCCAUCCUGCGUAACGCUGUCAUAGACGUGACAUGACACCUGUCAUAACAUUUCAUGACUGAUUGUCAGUGGUGGACUAAUUACUUUACACCAUCAUACUGGCUGGGCCCCUCUCAUACGGGCCCCUCUCAGCUGUACUGCUAAACUUUCUCAACUGGUGCAAAUGAACCCUGGUUAGACACAUUAAACCAAAUGUCUUACAUGCUUUUAAUAAAGAUAAACACAUUUCUGUGUUUAAUUGAUCGUCCCUUUUAAUGAAUAACAAACUUUAAAAAAUGUUUUAUUGGUUUGUGAAUCACAAGCCAAUCAUUAGCACCAGGAAGACAUUGCAGCUGUCACUUUUCUGACGCCUCUGUUAUUGUCGUCGCUCCCAAAUUGAACAAGCAAAAACAGCUCUGACAGCUGGAGGGAAGGAGAGAGGAGAGCUGCUGUGAAUUACAUGACAUGACAUUACGGUACUGUGUUCCUGGUCUCUCUCCAGAUCCUGCUGCCCCUCCCAGCCCAGCCAGCCUGCGUGUCACCAACCUGACGCUGGGUCCUGAGGGGACGGUGACAGCCCAUCUCAACUGGACCCUGCCCGAGGAGCCUGACAUCCCCGUCCAUCACUACAAAGUCUUCUGGAGUUGGACCGUCCCUGGCAAGUCCCUGGUGCCAUCCAAGAAGAAGAGAAGGAAGAGCACCAAUGAGGUAAGUAUCGGCUCCUCUCUCCCCCUGUCUGGGGGAUGUGUCGGCGGUUUGGGAGGCUAG